AUGGGCGCCGCGCAGGCCUCUCUGCGGCGCCCGAAGGGGAUCGACGACACCCGGCAGGCUCCCAGAUGCCGCGUGCGGGCCGGCAGCUUCCCGCGGUGCCCCUUUGGGGGCCGAUUCCGUUGGCCGCUACGACAGGAUCAGUCCUGUUACGCCUGCUUCCAAGGGACCGCGUCCCGCGAGACACGUGUCAGAAACCUGGGCCCUCGCUUGGGCGGCGGCGCCGUGACCUCAGCGUGCCGAACUUCUCUGAGCUCCAUUGUCCCCCUCUGCAGACUGGAGCUGACGCUGAGCUUGCAAGGUGGCGGCGAGAAGCACGCAAGUUUCAAAGCUGGCGGCCCGGCCACCCCGCCCCGCUCCCGAGAACCCGCACCGACGGGGACGGUCCCGGGAGGCGCCAGGACUGCGCCCCGCCCCGCCGCGCAGAGAGCAGCUGCCAGGAACUCGAGUAUUAAUAGGAGCAAACUUCCUGGAAAGAUUUUCUCGUCCCAGACGGAGGCCCCGCCCCCCUCCGCCAGCGCAAAUAAAUACCGGCCGCGGGGUGGGGGUGGGGGGUCGGCGGCCGCGAGCAGGGAAGCCCCGCGCGGCUCGCAGGUGCCCGGGAAGGGGCGCCUCUUUGUGCGCCCCGCGGGGGCGCGCCCGCCCUCCGCGCACGGCCCCGCGCCCUGCGCGCCCCCGCGCCCUCCCCCGCGCUCGCCUCCCCCCGCCUCCGAGGCCUCCCCGCGCCGGCGCCCUUCCCGGCCGAGCGCCCGCCUUCUCCGCGCGGCCCUGCGCGCCCCCGCGCCCUCGCGCGCGCCUCCGCGGCCUCCACGCGCCUCUUUUGCGGCCCCGCGGGCGGGACGGAGGACGGAGCGGGGGGAGGGCCGCCUGGGCCCUGGGCCCACCGGGGCCCGGGGUCCGCGGCUCCUCCUCCCGGGACAAAGCCCGGCCCGCCCGAGGGGCCGUGCGUCGUUCAGGGUCCUCGAUACCACCCACCCACCUGGCGUUGAAAGCCGCGCUCUGCUGCUUCCGAGUUUCCGGAUCCGCCCGGACCCCAUGGGCCCGGAGGCGGUCGCCGCCCCCGCCUUCCCCGCAGCCCCUUCGCCCGCAGCCCCGCCGCCCUCCCGCAGAGGGCAGUUCCGGCGCGCGAGGCCUCCCCGCCUCCAGGCCUCGGAAGGACCCUUGCUCACGGCUCCUUCUGAAAGCUCUCUCUCCGCCUUCCGAUUUCCCGCGGCCCCCUCGGUGGCACCUGCUACGCGGGGCUCCUCACAGCAGGGUUUGCCGUGGACAGCUGGUCUCUCCUCUGUGGCAUCGGCUUGGGCCUGGACUCAAAGGCUGGGGGCGGAAUCACCGAGAGGACGGCUCGAUCACACGCUGCUUGUUGGCUGGGACCUCAGCUGCACCUGUGGCCACGCACCUGCACGUGAACCUGCCACGGGGCUGCUGGGAUUUCUCCCCGCCUGGGGCCUGGGCCCCACGAGCAAGCGUCCUUCCCUGGAGAAUAAAAAUGCUCACGGAAACUUCCGGAAGUCCCUGAAGCCCGGCGACACGUGGUCAACCACAGUCAGGAUCAGAUGGUCCUUCUUCUGACUCAGCCUCAGAAGGUCAACGGUAGCCCAGUGCUCCGUCAGUGAUGCUAGAACAGCCGGACAUCCGCAUGCAAAAAAGGGGACGCGAGACACAGACCUUCCAGCCUUCACCAAAGCGAACUCUCACGGGAUCCCAGGCCCAAAUGUACAAUGUGGAACUAAAAUUCCCAGAAGUUACCCUUAGGAGCAUGUCUAGCUGACCUUGGGUCUGGGGACGACUUUUUAUUUUAUUUUUUAUUAUUUUUAAAUGUUUUUAAUGUUUUUUUUUUUAAUUUAUUUUUGAGAGCGAGAGACAGAGUGUGAGUGGGGGAGGGGCCGAGAGAGAGGGGGACACAGAAUCCGAAGCAGGCUCCGGGCUCCGAGCUGUAGGCACAGAGCCCGACAUGAAGCUCGAACCCACCAACUGUGGGAUCAUGACCUGAGCCGAAGUCUGACACUUAACUGACCAGCCAGCCGGGCGCCCCUGGUGACGACUUUUUAGCUGCAGCAUCCAAGACGUGACCCAUGAAAGAAAUAAUCAAGAAGCCAGACUUCAUUAAAAUUAAAACCUUCUGCUCUGGGACAGAGAUGCUAUCAAGUGAACGAGAAGAGAAACCCCAGAUGGGGAGAAAAUACUUGCAAAAAAGACGCAUCUGAUGACAUUAAAAAAAAAAAAAAUCAAUGCUUCCUAGUAUAAAUGCUCUGGAAUUUAGCAGAGAGACUAUAAUUUGGGAAUAGGAUCUGGUGGAACUUCCUCAUAAUCAUGUGCCGUGCAUUCCUACCUAAUAAUUACUUCUCUAUUUCUCGACUGGAGGUCUUUCAAUAAAUAAGAAUUUAUCAAGGGGUGCUUGGGUGGCUCAGUCGGUUAAGUGUCUGACUUUGGCUCAGGUCAUAAUCUCAGAGUUCGGGAGUUCGAGGUUCGAGCCCCGCGUCGGGCUCUGCGCUGAUCUCUGCUUGGGAGCCUGUCUCUCCCUCUCUCUCUGUCCCUCCCCCCUCUCAAAAUACAUAAAUAUUUAAAAAAAACAAUAA